UUUGGCUGGGUGGGACGGAGGUAUUUGAGGGCGGGGAUGGAGGGGGUGGAGGGAAGUGAAGAUGGCGCGAGAAUGAGGAAGAACUUGCCAUUGACGGGUUAGUAUACAGGUGACUGUAUCACGCAGUGGUUCUGGUUUUGGCGGUCCUGCUCUCCACCGCACAAGGGCGGAACGUGUGGCGCCCACCCCCAACCCCGUCUCCAACUUUGAUUUGAUUUAAUCUUUCAUGGGCCGGACGGCAGCACCGAUGGGUGUUGCAACAGCUGGGUGACGCUAAAUGGUUGCAAUGGCCAAGGCAAAAGAGAAGGAGGCAGCCGGUCGCGCCAACCCGACUCGCAAGAACAAUUUGAACAACAACAACAACAAUGACAGGAACAAGAAGAACUUGGAGAACGGGCUCUACGUUCACUCUUCUCCCCCGAAAGCCAUCAACAGCAACAAUGGUCAAGGGUCGGCCACCAUCAGGGAUUACAUCAGGGCCGGCGACAUAGAGGCCCUGGAGGAGGUCGUCCUUCAGGGCCAAGGGACGAAGCUGGUGAAUCAGCAUGCGACGGACCAGAAGGUCAGGAACUUCCUGAAGACGGUUCCUUCUUACAUGUCCAAAAUCGACCUGAUACACGAUGCCGUCGAGAAAGGAAACCUGCGGGACCUGAAGGCCUUGUUAGACAGAAGGAAGUUGGCCAGAUCUAAGGAUGCACAGGGCGUGGGCCUCCUUCACAAGGCAGUUGUUCACGAUCACCGCGGAAUAGUAGACUACCUCAUUUCCGAUUACCCGGAGACGCUCGACGUCACAGAUCACGAAGGAAGAACACCCUUGCAUUACUGCGCUGCCAGCAAUUUUGCAGAUGACAUGUACUCCACCUUAUCCGAUGCCGUCGCCGAUCCGCAGCUAGAGGACAACAACGGCAAGACGGCCGCAGACUACAUGUCCAAUCCCCGAGAGCUGAAUAUCUCCAAGAAGAACAACAAAAAGGGCAGCGGCGAUUCCAAGGGCAAGAGGAUGACUCCCCCUAAGAGGAAAUCCCCCGCGCACAAAAUCAGGACGCCCCCGAAACGGGAAGGAAUGACCAUCACAGGUGCCAACAUUCGCAUCUGGAUCCACGACAAAGACCUGACCCAGCUGGAGAAGAUCGUGUGGGAGGGUCAAGGUCACAGGCUUCUCGGGGAGACCAGCAACAACGCCAAAGUGCGACAGUUUCUGAACCUCGUCCCCCGAAUGAUGACAAAAAUAAAGGAGGUCCACCAGGCAGCCAUCAACGGCGACCUCGAAACCCUGGACGCCAAAGCGGAUCCUACAGACAUCCUCAUUGCCAAGGACCAGAAUGGACUCACUCCUCUUCACAAGUCGGCAGCCCUGGGUCUGAAGGACGUCUCGGAGUGGAUCGUGCAGAAGAACCACUCGACCCUCUUCGCGCAGGACAACAAGGGCAGGACGCCCCUCUUCUACGCUGGGAUCGCCAAGGACGGCGGCGAGGUGUACGACAUGCUUCUGCGGAGUGGCGCUGAUAAGAACCACAACGAUCAGUAUCGCAGAACCGCAGAUCAUUACAGGUUCAAACCCACCGAUUUAGACGUAUCUAUUAUCCACGAGACUCCUGUGGCCCCUCGUGGGGGAGGGGGUUCCACACUCGAUAUUCCCAGCCGUUCCAGCGGUUCCAAAGAGGGUUCCAGGGCGCCGUCAAGAAACGGAAAAUCUCGAAACCCAAGUCGACGAAACUCCCCGGGCGAAGACAAGAAGAAACACGACAAGAAGAACGACAAAGAAAUUCCCAAGGGCGUCCAGGAUUUCAAAGACAUGAAGUCAGUUUCGGAUGACGAAAUCGAGGCGUUCAUCAGGGAAGGGGACCUGGAGAGCCUGGAAUAUGUCAUCUUGUCUGGAAGAGGGACUGACCUUCAGGGCAAGUCUUCCUGGAACGAUGAAACCAGGAGGUUCCUGAAGAGAGUGCCUGGAUAUAUGGAGAAGAUCACCGCCCUCCACGAAGCCGCUGCAUCCGGGAACGUGACCAACGUGCGACGCCUGGUGAAGGAGAACCAGAAGUUGGUCAUGGCCAGAGACAAGGAUGGUGCCGUGGCUCUCCACCACGCCGCCAAGUCCGGAGAUCCUAAAGUGACCAAAUACGUGAUGUCGUUGUAUCCCGAGGCCGUGACUCUCGAGGAUAAUGACGGAAGAACACCGCUGCAUUACGCCGGCAUGGCCCGCGGGGCAGGUGCUGACGAAGUCUUCAGCCUCCUGGAGAAGGAAGGCGCCCGUCCCGACGAGGCCGACCUGAGUGGCAACACUCCAGAAGACUACCGCCAGUCUUCUUCAAGAUCAAACCUAUUAACUGUAGACAAUCAUGAGCGUGGCCGGACUAAGACUCGGGAGGGUAAAAAGGGCAAGUCCAAUGGACCUUCCAGAGAUCCGUCAAAGGGACCAUCCAAAGGACCAUCCAGAGACCCGUCAAAGGGACCAUCCAGAGACCCAUCAAAAGGACCAUCCAAAGACCCAGCUAAAGGACCAUCGAAGGGACCAUCUAAGGCACCAUCCCGAGAACCGUCGAAGUCAAGGGAAAAAUCAAAGGAGCCAUCUAAACAGAAUUCCAAACAGGCUUCUAAACAGAAUUCCAAGCAGCCAUCUAAACAGAAUUCCAAACAGCCGUCUAGACAGAAUUCUAGGCAGCCGUCGAAAGAGAGAGGUUCAGAACCGUCUAAAGCGGACAAAUCAAAAGAUCCGUCUAGAAGUAACUCCAAAGCACCUUCAAGAAGAGGUUCCAGAGGUUCCAGCCCUCAUGCUGUGGUUGGAGGUGCCAAAAACAACAUAGAGAUCAUCGCAGCUAUAGCGGCUGCAGAAAAGAACGACGAUUACAAGCCCCUGAACGACAUUGUCAUCAGGGGUGAUGGGGAAAAGCUGAUAGGCCAGACUUCCAAAGACCCAGAAGUGAAUGAUUACCUGAAAAAGAUUCCAGAGAGCCUGGAUGCCAUUGAAGAACUUCACUCGGCAGUAGAGGCAGGAGAGACCAGGAAGGUGAUGCAGCUCUUGGACAAGAAGCAGAAGGCCCAGACGAGAGACGGGAACCACGCGAACAUCCUUCACAAAGCCGUUCUUCAUGGACACACAGACCUCGUCCGGUAUAUAAUUUCGUCCUUCCCCGAACUCGCCAAGCAAGAAGACCUCGCUGGCAGGACGCCCCUGCAUUACGCCGCCGUGCUCAGGGACGGAGGACAUAUCUACAAGAUCCUGGAGAAGGAAGGAGGCAAUCCUAAGGCCAAAGACAAGUCCGGCCACUCUCCGGAGGAGUACAAGAACGACCCGAAGAUCCUGACGCAGUGGGACCUGAUGAAGGAACUCGAGGACGGAAUAGGUAAUAGCGACGCAAAGGGUCGACCUGAUACGAAGGAGAGCGAAGCUGGUACUCCAACCCACGAUGGCGAAAAUGAAACCAAACAGAUUGACCCUGUCGCCUUAGUUUCACUGGAAGAGGAAUAUGAGAAAUUUGCUAGCACAGAGUCUCGCUCCCUCUUGAAGAAGUAUUUAACGCAGGAGGUGUUUGAUGACAUCAAGAGUCGGGUUACAGCAGGAGGUGCUACUCUUCAUGACUGUGUUAGAUCAGGCUUUGCCAACCCUGACUCUCAUAUUGGUCUGUAUGCACCAGAUACUGAAUCAUACAGUUGCUUUAAUGAACUUUUUGAUCCUGUAAUUAAUGAAUAUCAUGGAGGAUUUGGCCCAGAUGAUACCCAUCCAGGUAUUGAUUUUGGUGAGCCUAGUGAGCUUGGGGAUCUGAAUGAAUUUGGUGAUUACGUUGUAUCAACUAGAGUCCGUUGUGCUCGCUCAGUUGAAGGUUAUCCAUUUAACCCUCUUUUAACAAGUGAACAGUAUGCAGAACUUGAACAGGAUAUUGUAUAUGCUCUAGAAGGAUUGGAGGAUGACCUAGCUGGCCACUAUCGUCCCUUACACGAACUUACUGCAGAGGAGCAAGAAGAGCUCUUGGGAAAACACUUGCUUUUCAAAGAAGGAGACAGAUUUCUCGAAGCAGCUGGAGCCUCUCGAUUCUGGCCUGGUGGAAGAGGGAUUUUCUUGAACUCCGACGACACACUGGUAGUAUGGGUGAAUGAAGAAGAUCAUUUACGAAUAAUAUCAAUGCAGGAAGGCGGCAACCUAGGAGAAGUGUAUGAUAGAUUUGUGCGUGCUGUCACAGAUCUUGACAAAAUGCUUCCAUUUAGCUUUUCCAAGCGCCUAGGCUUUUUGACCUUUUGUCCCACAAAUCUCGGAACAGCUAUCAGGGCAUCAGUACAUAUUCGUCUGCCCAAGCUAGGGGAAAACAGACAGACUCUGGAAGAGACAGCAGAUAAGUUUAACCUUCAAGUGCGAGGCACAUCAGGAGAGCACACAGAAGCGGAAGAUGGCGUAUUCGAUAUCUCCAACCGCCGUCGUUUAGGCAUCACAGAGAUUGAAGCUCUUCAGGAGAUGUAUAAUGGCGUGAAGGAAAUCAUUCAGCUCGAGCAGAGUUUGGAGGAAAGCGACACCCAAAACUCUCCUGAUGAAGAAGCAAGUGACCAAGUUGACCCUUCUGCAGUGUCCUCUCUUGAUGAAGAGUAUGAGAAAUUCACCAAUACUGAAUCUACAUCACUCUUGAAGAAAUAUUUAACUCAAGAUGUUUUUGACAACAUCAAACAUCGGAGUACAGCUGGAGGUGCCACUCUACAUGACUGCAUUAAAUCAGGUCUUGCCAACCCAGAUUCUAAUAUUGGUCUGUAUGCUCCAGAUGCAGAGUCCUAUGCUUGUUUCAAAGAACUCUUUGAUCCUGUCAUUGAUGAAUACCAUGGAGGAUUUGGUCCUGAUAAUAUUCACCCAGAAGUUAAUUUUGGAGAUCCUGGUGUUCUUGGUGAUUUGAAUGAGUGGGGUGAUUAUGUAGUAUCAACUAGAGUCCGUUGUGCUCGAUCUGUAAAAGGUUAUCCUUUUAACCCCCUUCUGACAAAUGAUCAGUACGUAGAGCUGGAACAGGAUAUUACUAUUGCUUUGGAAUCGUUGGAGGAUGAUUUGUCUGGGGUUUGUCGUUCAUUAAGUGAUAUUAGUCCAGAAGAACAAGAAGAACUAAUAGAAAAACACUUACUCUUCAAACAAGGAGACAGGUUUCUCGAAGCAGCUGGGGCCUCUCGGUUUUGGCCAGAAGGCAGAGGCAUAUUUCUGAAUGCCGAUAACACCUUAGUAAUAUGGGUGAAUGAAGAAGACCACUUAAGAAUAAUAUCGAUGCAGGAAGGAGGAAACCUUAGUGAAGUGUACAGCAGAUUUGUACGUGCAGUGACAACUCUUGGUGAGAAGCUUCCAUUUAGUUCUUCAGAACACUUAGGUUUCUUGAGUUUUUGCCCUACCAAUCUUGGUACAGGCAUCAGAGCUUCAGUACACAUUCGUUUACCUAAGUUAGGAGAGGACAUGCAGACCUUGGAGGAAACAGCAAAUAAAUAUAAUCUUCAAGUUCGAGGUACAUCUGGAGAGCAUUCAGAAGCUAAAGGCCACGUAUAUGAUAUCUCCAAUCGUCGUCGAUUAGGCAUCACAGAGAUUGAAGCUAUUCAAGAGAUGUAUGAUGGUGUCAAAGAAAUAAUUCAGUUGGAGAAGGAUAUGGAAGACAGCAAUGAUGAAGCUUCCCCAGAUGGAGAGGAUGGAAGUGAGCAACUUGAUGCAACCGCUUCUUUUCUCCUUGAAGAAGAGUAUAAAAACUUCAGCAACACAGAGUCUUCUUCACUUUUGAAAAGACACCUGACUCCUGAGAUUUUUGACGCCAUCAAAGAUCGCACCACAGCCCUAGGCGCUACAUUCUAUGACUGCAUCAAAUCAGGCUUUGCAAACCCAGACUCGCAUAUCGGUCUGUAUGCUCCAGAUGCUGAGUCCUAUGCCUGUUUCAAAGAGCUUUUUGACCCUGUCAUUGAUGAAUACCAUGGAGGAUUUGGCCCAGAUGAUACUCAUCCAACGGUUGAUUUCGGAGAUCCUACUACGCUUGGUGAUCUGAAUGCAUGGGGUGAUUAUGUAGUAUCAACUAGGGUUCGUUGUGCUCGAUCUGUUGAAGGUUAUCCUUUCAACCCCCUUCUGACCAGUGAACAAUAUACUGACCUAGAACAAAAUGUCAGUAAUGUUCUGCAAACGUUGGAGGAAGAUCUGGCAGGUAACUAUCGGCCAAUAAGUGAAAUCAGUCCUGAGGAUCAAGAGGAACUCUUAGAAAAACAUUUGCUGUUCAAACAAGGAGACAGAUUUCUCGAAGCAGCUGGUGCCUGUCGGUUUUGGCCAGAAGGCAGAGGCAUAUUUUUGAAUGGUGAUAACACCCUAGUGAUUUGGGUGAACGAAGAAGACCAUUUGCGAAUCAUUUCAAUGCAGGAAGGAGGUAACCUUAGUGAAGUGUACAGCAGAUUUGUACGUGCAGUGACAACUCUUGGUGAGAAGCUUCCAUUUAGUUCUUCAGAACACUUAGGUUUCUUGAGUUUUUGCCCUACCAAUCUUGGUACAGGCAUCAGAGCUUCAGUACACAUUCGCCUACCUAAGUUAGGAGAGGACAUGCAGACCUUGGAGGAAACAGCAAAUAAAUAUAAUCUCCAGGUACGAGGUACAUCUGGAGAGCACUCAGAAGCUAAAGGCCACGUAUAUGAUGUCUCCAAUCGUCGUCGAUUAGGCAUUACAGAGAUUGAAGCCAUUCAAGAAAUGUAUGAUGGUGUGAAGGAAAUAAUUCAGUUGGAGAAGAGCAUGGAAGACGGCAGUAAUGAAAACAAUGAAGAAGAGGGAAGUGAGCAAGAUCCAGCUGCAACCAUUUCCCUUGAUGAGGAGUAUGAAAAGUUUAGCAACACAGAGUCUUCUUCACUUUUGAAGAAACACCUGACGCCUGAGAUUUUUGACGCCAUCAAAGAUCGCACCACAUCCUUAGGCGCUACACUCUAUGACUGCAUCAAAUCAGGCUUUGCAAACCCAGACUCGCAUAUCGGUCUGUAUGCUCCAGAUGCUGAGUCCUAUGCUUGUUUCAAAGAGCUUUUCGACCCUGUCAUUGAUGAAUAUCAUGGAGGAUUUGGCCCAGAUGUUACUCAUCCAACGGUUGAUUUCGGAGAUCCUACUACUCUUGGUGAUCUGAAUGCAUGGGGUGAUUAUGUAGUAUCAACUAGAGUUCGUUGUGCUCGAUCUGUUGAAGGUUAUCCUUUCAACCCCCUUCUGACCAGUGAACAAUAUACUGACCUAGAACAAAAUGUCAGUAAUGCUCUGCAAACGUUGGAAGAAGAUCUAGCAGGUAACUAUCGGCCAAUAAGUGAAAUCAGUCCUGAAGAUCAAGAGGAACUCUUAGAAAAACAUUUGCUGUUCAAACAAGGAGACAGAUUUCUCGAAGCAGCUGGUGCCUGUCGGUUUUGGCCAGAAGGAAGAGGUAUAUUUUUGAAUGGUGAUAACACCCUAGUGAUUUGGGUGAAUGAAGAAGACCAUAUGCGUAUAAUAUCUAUGCAGGAAGGAGGUAACCUUAGUGAAGUGUACAGCAGAUUUGUACGUGCAGUGACAACUCUUGGUGAGAAGCUUCCAUUUAGUUCUUCAGAACACUUAGGUUUCUUGAGUUUUUGCCCUACCAAUCUUGGUACAGGCAUCAGAGCUUCGGUACACAUUCGUCUACCUAAGUUAGGAGAGGACAUGCAAACCUUGGAGGAAACUGCAAAUAAGUAUAACCUCCAGGUACGAGGUACAUCUGGAGAGCACUCAGAAGCUAAAGGCCACGUAUAUGAUGUCUCCAAUCGUCGUCGAUUAGGCAUUACAGAGAUUGAAGCCAUUCAAGAAAUGUAUGAUGGAGUGAAGGAAAUAAUUCAGUUGGAGAAGAGCAUGGAAGACAGCAGCAAUGAAAACACCUCCAACGAUACGAAAGCCGACGCUAACUUGCUGUCGGACCGCCACAAAGGAAUGCUGUCUCGCAGAAACAGCACGAUCUCCUCGAAGUCCGAGUUUCCCGGCAUGUGGUCGGACGAGGGCCAAUAUCUAACGAAAGUGUUAGGAGACGCCCUGGUCAAUGCCCUAUCCGAGGUCAACGAGGCCCGUCCGAAGGACCCCAUCUCCUACCUCGCCUGCAGCUUGUACAACUACCGAUAUUCUGAAAAACCAGACUCGCCGACGAACGACUCCAAGAGUAUUGGCAGCACUGGCUCUGGAGGUUCAGGGCACUCUACUAUAGCCAUGCAGACUGCACUCGAUAGCACUGGCGGACAACAGCAGACUUCACCCCAGACAAGGGACAAGAAUGGCCAGAACGUAUUGCACUUCGCGGCUUCCAGACCGCACGGCCGAUCUGCUUUCUACCGUCUGGUGGCGGAAUCCGGAUGCAAUCUGGCGGACCGAGACGAUCAGUACCGAACUCCGAGGGACGUGGCUGAGGACAGCGACCUCCAGGAAAAUGUCAGAGCCAUUGACAAGUGGAUCAUCAAUCUGGCUGCCGAAGGAAAACAGAAGCAGCUGAAGAAGCUCUUGAUCGAUGGGUAUGACCACAUCGCCGACGUCGACGACGACCAGGGCAACAACAUCUUGAAUGUGGCGCAAAAUAAGGGCCAAGGCAAGACGGUGGACUUCCUCAGGGGUCUGGCUGCCUUUGAGGAAAAACGCGAUUGGCUUCACAAAGCAAUCCGCGUGGGUUCCUUGCCCCACGUGCAGUAUAUCGCAGACUCGGAAGACAUUGCCCGUGCGAAAGAUGUCCACAGCAGGACCUCCUUGCACAUAGCCACGUUAUGUGAAGAGAAGGAAAUCAUGGAGUUCCUUGCUACCCAGUACCCUGACUUGCUGAAGAUUGGUGAUAAUCUCGAGAGAACGCCCCUGCAUUACGCCAUGGCAGUGGAAGGCGUGGACCAAGUUGCUAAGGUUCUAGUCCAAGCAGGUGCUCGAAGGGCAGUGAAAGAUUUGCGAGGACGGACUCCUUCAGGAAGUUUCAUCCACCCUGAAAUUGUCAGGGAGCUCCAAAAGGAAGAAAGGAAACUAACUGACCCUAACAUCAAGCCGAUUCCUGAAGAAGAACCCGGCGUUCCUGAAGAAGAACCCGGAGUUCCUGAAGAGGAACCCAGCGUUCCUGAAGAAGAACCCGGCGUUCCUGAAGAGGAAUCCGGAGUUCCUGAAGAAGAAAAACCCGUAGUUCCUGAAGAAGAACCCGUAGUUCCUGAAGGAGAUCCAGGAGUUCCUGAAGAACCCGUAGUUGCCUGAAGAAGAACCCGGAGAAAGCGAGGAAAGCAGCCCAGUUACUACUUCAUGAACAGAGACGACAUCGUCGUGAUGAUUGAAGACUUGAAGCACGAGGAAGAUUGAAGAGAUGCGGGAAGCAAGGAGAAGAAGAUUAAAAGAUUGGCGGACGACUGAGGACGGGACGUUUGCCAAAAUGAAACACGGUCUUUUUUUUCCGCCCCGAUGUUUUCGCCCAUAGCAAUUCGAGCAGAACUUCAACAAACUUUCCGACAAUUUCAUUUUGGUGACUUUUGAGUGUAAAGUUGUGGAAUGAACUGACAAACUUGGCUUGUUUGGAAAGCCUACAUAUUUUUGUACAGAGAGUUCAAAUAUGUAUGUAUAAGCGCAUAUCCCAGCCAUAUAAAUAACACUAGGUAGUGGUCGAUUAUGAAGAAAAAUAAAAAGUUGAAAAAAUA